UUUUUUUGUCAGAGUUGUCGCCCCAAACUGUUGCUGCGUGUGACUUCUGCCCAGAGCAAGCCUCCAGCUAUCGUAUCCGGGGCUGAGCUGAGCACGUGAACGCAUCAGCAGUCCUUGAACGGGGUGGUGUGUGACGUCACAUGUGACCCAAUCAGAGCUGCUGGAGCGGAGAGAGUAUCGGUCCAGUUUCUGCGGAGAGUUCCGAGUUGUCCGGCGGAGUUUGAAAGACGACAACAAAAAACAGUUUAAUUGUCGCUCUCCGAUGAAUAAUUUCUGAGAAGCAAGAAGGAGAGAGCGGUGCGGACCGGACCGGACCGGACCCGGGGGCACAUGGAAACACGAUGCGGCCGGAAAGACGGCGGUGGAUUUUCGUGUAGUUUCUGCGGAGAGAGGAGGCGAAGCGAGGCGAGAUAAACAUGCUCAGCCUGCUGGCCUCGUUUCUGCUCGCUGUGUUUCUGCUGUGCCGGACUUCUUUCUGCCAAUACUCGAGCGACCAGUGCAGCUGGAAGGGAAGUGGUCUGACCCAUGAGGGCCACACCAGGGACGUGGAACAGGUGUACCUACGCUGCUCGCAGGGCUCCUUGGAAUGGCUCUAUCCCACCGGCGCCAUCAUCGUCAACCUCCGACCCAACACGGCGUCGCCCGCCGCCGCCCGCCUCUCGGUCUGCAUCAAACCCUCCAGGGACUCCACGGGCACCAACGUCUACCUGGACCGCAACGGCCGGCUGCGGCUGCUGCUGCGCGAGCAGGACCAGGGCCGGGGGAAGGUGCACUGCUUCGGCAUCCAGGAGGGGGCGCUCUUCAUCGAGGCCGUCCCGCACAUGGACAUCAGCCGGCGGAUCACGGCGUUCCAGUACGAGRUGGUCAGCGACAGACUGAGAGCCGAGGCGCUCUCGCCGUCGGCACCCUGUCAGCCCUGCAGUGAUGCUGAGAUUCUUCUAGCAGUCUGCACAAAUGACUUUGCGGCACGGGGCAGCAUUAGGAAGGUGGACCAGGAGGAGGAGCACUCGUCUGUCAUCGUGGAGAUCAGUCGCCUUUACAGACAGAAGACCCAGGUCUUUGCAUCCGGAGGUGUGAGGGUGCYCAGCUGGAUGGGCAGCAUCAAGAUGCCCCUGCAGUGUCGGGUGAAGUCCGGAGAGGGGGAGUUCCUCUUCACCGGGACGGUGAGGUUUGGCGAGGCCUGGAUGGGCUGUGCCCCUCGCUACAAAGACUUCCUGCGGUUGUACCACGAGGCGCAGCAGCGGGGGACCAACCCCUGCCAUGUGGACACGGACUGACACAGGAACGCAGCCCGUCCACGUUGAGCCGGGCGGAGGGAAGRUGAUGGACUGACAAAGAGCCUCGCUUCCUCUUCGGCCGUUCGCCCGAAAUCACGUGUGCAGCUCCUGAACGUUGCCAAGCAGCAUGCUAGCAGUUUCAAAGCUGGAAGGUGUUCAGAUUUUUUUCAUAACACAAGGAACUGCGAAGCUGAAAAUGUAGCAAAACCCAUUUUGUUUUGUGUUUUUUUUUAUGUGUAUAAAAUGUGAAUGAAUAUUGUA